UUCCUUGGCGUCCAUAUCGGAUUGUUUAUCCGGUGAUGUUCCACAGCAACUAAAGCUGGGAGUGGGAAGAUGAACGAUCUGCGAAUGUAGUUUUUUGGGGGAAAAACGUACCGUUGGGUUACUUGUUAAAUAAUCAUUAUUCAUCAUGAAGGUGGGCUUUGCACUCGUUCUCCUCUGGUCUCUCCCAAUAACCAAUGUGCUUGCAGAGCUGCCUCAACCUCAGAACCUGACUCUGCUCACCCUGAACACACAGUAUGUACUGACGUGGGACUGGGACCAGACGACCACAGGCAACUCUGUUACCUUCACUGUAGAGUACAUUGCGAAGUACAAGAUGAAGAUGAAGAUGAAGAACACAGCCGUGUCUUCGUUGGGCCCACCGUCCAGGGUGGAGCUGGCUCCUGUGGGGAACCUGCUGGAUGUGACCAUCUCUGACCCCCUGACCAGCACCCAGCACUCCAUGAAGGAACACGUCCUUUUCCUGUACUACCGCAUCCUGUACUGGAGCCGCUCUGAUGACCCUCAGGGUCUGAAGCCUAAAGUGUUGGACUCUAGCAACAACCUGGUGACGCUGCCUGAGCUGGAAGCCUGGACGUGGUACUGUGUCAUGAUCCAGUCUCGCUACGACUACUACAACAAGACUAGCAGCUACACAGAACCCCAGUGCAUGCAGACGGAGGGUGACACCCCGUACGGGCAGAUCUUCCUGUACUUCCUGGUCUCCAUGAUGGUGUGCUUCCUGCUCGUGUUGCUUCCCUCCUACACCUUAUUCAGGUUCUACAGAGUCCUCAAAAACACCUUUUACCCCUCUAUCCAGCUGCCUGUACACAUCCAGGAGUACCUCUGUGACUCCUCCCCCGGCUCCGACAUGCCCCGCCUCCUCACUGCUGAUUCAGAGGCGGAGCUGUGCUGUGAUAAGCUGACCAUCUGUCCUGAGGUGGUGCUACUGGAGAUACACGUCCCUCCUCCCCUCACAGCGCCCCCCUCAGAGCUGGAGCAGGACAGCGACAGGCACAUCUGCCAGGACAGCCGAGACUCUGGGAUCUGCUCCACAGAGGGAGGCUCCACCCAGCAGGGUUGUAGUUGUGGGGAGCCAAUCAGGACAGACCAGGAAGUGGAUUCCUGGCAGACACUGGCGCAGGCCAAGAUGGAGGAGAUGGGGAGAGACGUCAUAUCAUGAAAGUCCAAUAUUUUUGGAAACUUGUCUGUUGACAUGUUUAACAUUUUGGGACUAUCAAAUACCUAAAUAUUUUUUUUUAUGGAUUAUUUUAUUUAUGCAGCAGGAUGGCAUGUGAUUCUGGUCUUUUAGUAUACCAGUACACUGUCAGCUGCCUGGGUUGGCCUGGGAAUCCCAUGUUGCUGUGUGUUUUUUAAGGGUGUAGAAACAUGCAUAAAAAGUGUCAGAUUUGGUAUGGAGGCCCAUUGACUUUAAGAUGUCUAAAAGACCGCAGUCCACCUUUCUUUUCUAUGACUUGUGUAUAGAAGCUGUUCAGGGUCGUGUUGGUUCCAGACGUGGUGCACUGUGGUUGGUUGAGUCUUUCACAACGUGCUGCAGCAGGGUGAGAAUUAGAACAAAACACAAUGCAGCGGUUUUUUUUGAGCGCGCUUCUUGUCAACGUGACAGAAGGAUCAGCCUGGCCUCAGACGAGACAUAACAUAGUAAGGUUAAAUCUGUGAUGUGUUACGGUUGAUAUGGUUACUUAAGUCAAAAACUAAAGUAGGGAGGUUGGUUGGGUGUAUAAUGUCAACGUCUAGCAACCCAAAGGUUGCAUGUUUGAAUCACAUCAUAGAUAACAUUUUAGCUAAUUAGCAACUUUGCAACUACUUAGCACGUUAGCUUAUCAUAACUCUUAACCUUAACCUGAUUCCCCCAGCCCCUAGCCUAGCUAACGUUAGCCAAAAUACAUUUCAAUACGUAGCAUAUCAUACGAAUUGCAUUUUGUAACAUAUAUGAAAUGGACAUGUACAUAUGAAUACAAACCAUACGAAACGUAA